UGCAUGUCACGAUUUGAUCAACAUAACCUAAAAACAGCGAAAAUGCUGCAAGAGGCGAUUGUGCCCAAAUUAGCCUUUAAUUUACUAAAAGAAGCCGAGCGGUAUUACCUAAAUCAUCACAAAUUAUCUGACGCAGUCCUCACAGAAUUGUCGUCUGUGUUUGGUCAUGUUUUAGCCGCAGCCACAGAACUACUGGAUAAUUGCAAAAUUACCCAGUACCAAACCACAGACAAGUAUAGAAGCAUUUACAAAGUAGGCACCAACAUGGAACGAUACACAAUUUACAACGAUAUUAAUUUCUGUCAGUGCCAAUUUUUCCAGUCACAAGUUUUAGAAGACAAGGCGUCAGUAACAUGUAAACAUGUGCUUGCUUUGAAACUCAACCAAAUCACGAACUGUGUGAAAGUGUGGACGGAAACUGUGACGGAUUCUCAGUUUGUGGAAUUUUUGAAUGAACAAUUAAAUUUUGUGAAUGAUCAAUAAUAAAAAAAGAGUUAAGUAA